AUCUCUACUGUACGUCACGUUUUCGUCGCAUGUUCGUUGAUAGAUAGUUGUUUAGCAAUUAGCUAGCUGUUAGCAGCAGUGAAAUCUUCACAUCUCCACAUGGCGAAUGGAUGCAAAGAAGCCUUGUUUACACGCGGAACUGGACAGAGUGACGAUUCAGACAUAUGGGAUGACACAGCAUUGAUAAAGGCUUAUGACAAAGCAGUUGCAUCAUUUAAGACUGCUCUAAAGGGUGAAGAUGAGCCACAGCCUUCAAAGAAAAACCAACCAGGAAAGAAGCGCAAGAGCAACAAAAAGAACCAAAGCAGGAAAAGAACAAAUGCACCACCAGACAAAGAGUGGCAGGUUGGAGACUCGUGCUGUGCAUACUGGUCAGAGGAUGGCCUGCUUUAUGCAGCAACUAUCUCCUCCAUAGAUGAGAAGAGAGGGACCUGUGUAGUUGUUUUUACUGGAUACGGUAACGAGGAGGAGCAGAAUCUUGAAGACUUGCUCUCAGAGAUAUCUGAGGUGGAUGAGGAAAUGACUUCAAAGGUAAAUGAGGCAGAAUCAUCGACGGAGGAAAGUGACCGGUCGUCCACAUCAAACCUACACAAACAACAACCCCACAGUAAAACCCAGAAGUCAAAGACCCACAGAGAUGCUCCUCCCAUGUGGGCUCCUGGUUUCCCUGGGUUUCCUCCAGGCCCACCUCCUCCUCCACACGCUUACAGACAGGGAGGAAGCAGGCGAAGUGGUGGUCAUGGACCAGCACCCUCACCUUGGCCUCCCAUGAUGCCAUUCGGUCCACCAAUGAUCCCUCCUCCUCCUCCACCCUUGGGCCCUGACAUGGUGGAUGACGAGGCCUUGGGCAGCAUGCUCAUCUCCUGGUACAUGAGUGGCUAUCACACAGGAUAUUAUCUGGGGUUAAAGCAAGGACGCAAAGAAGCUGCCAACUGGACAAAAAUGCACCACAAAUGAAAUGAUCAAUGUAAAAUUUCAUAGUUUCAUUUACAUCGUCGGAAGCUGCCGUGAUCCUCCCUGUUGUUCCUGAUGUGUGUCCUUCCCAGCUCAGAAGGAAAUGUCUCUAAAUGAACUGUACAUGCUGUGAACAGAACAUUCAUCAGUGAAAGAGGAGAUUUUUGUAUUCUUUUGUAAAUAGAUUAAAUAAAGUUUUUUGGAGCACA